AUGUUUCCCUUACUCCUACAACACAUAUGUUUUCUUUACUCCUACAACACAUAUGUUUCCUUUACUCUAACAACACGUAUAAACGCCAAGUACCCAGAAGUACAUUCAGAAGUAGCCGUCAAGCUGUUCAAGGAGUGGCGAACUCAGCACGACAAGACAUACAGGUCAACGGAUGAAGAAUGGUACAGAUAUGGCGUCUUUCUGGACAAUGUGAAGGUCAUCAACAGUUUGAACGGCCUCCCAAAGAAGCAUGGAUCUGACUCUGCUCACUUCGGUCUGACAAAGUUCGCUGACCUCACACUCGCCGAAUUCAGAAAGACCGUACUGCAGCCACCUAGGCCAUCUUUCAAGAUUCGCAAGUCCAACCACACUGUGAAAGCUCCUGCCUCUUACGACUGGACCAGCCAAGAGGGUGUGGUGACAUCUGUCAAGGACCAGGGAGCCGUGGGAACUUGUUGGGCGUUUGCUGGUCUUGCUAAUGUGGAGGGCGGUAUUCUGGAACCCGUCAUAUGCUCCGCUGCAUCGUUGAACCACGCAGUGCUGCUGGUAGGCUUCGAUGAAACGUCUUCUGGAUCACCUUACUGGAGAAUCAAGAACUCCUGGGGCACCCAGUGGGGAGAAUCGGGUUUUGGCCGCGUUAUCAGAGGAGUUGGAGCUUGUGGCAUCAACGCUGAGGUUACAACUGCUGUGCUGGCUUAA